AUGUCAGGCUGGGGCCUAGGCUGGUUCGGUGGCGGCCAGGCGAAGAAGGAGGCGCCCAAGAAGGCUAUCCUGCAACUACGCGGUCAGCUUGAAAUGCUGAACAAGCGCGAGAAACACCUGCAGAACCAGAUGGAAGAACAAGACACACUGGCACGGAAACACGUCUCCUCAAACAAAGCUGCGGCAAAGGCGGCCCUACGGCGAAAGAAGCAGUUCGAGCACUCCCUCGAACAGACCUCUUCACAAAUCAUGACUUUGGAGCGCGAAAUAUAUUCCAUCGAGACAGCAAAUAUCAACAAGGAGACACUGGAUGCAAUGAAGAACGCCGGCACAGCCAUGAAGCAGAUACACGCCGGCCUGACAAUCGACAAGGUGGACGAUGUCAUGGAAGACCUCCGCGAACAACACGCCAUUGGCGAAGAAAUCAGCGAAGCAAUCACAUCUGGCGUAACAAGCGGCGGCAUCGACGAAGAUGAGCUGGAUGAAGAGCUCGCGGAGCUGCAGCAAGAGAAGCUCGAUGAGGACAUGUUGAAGACGGGCAACGUGCCUGUAGGAGACAAGGUUGCAGUGGGAAGACUGCCUGCCGCGCCGGCGACAGAAGUCAGGGGCAAGCAGCGAGUGGAAGAGGACGACGAGGAGGAGGAGCUGAGGAAGCUGCAGGCCGAGAUGGCUAUGUGA